AUGGACACCUUCGCACUCUUGCAUCGAAUUACAGCGCAUGUAUUUGGCCAACUGGGUGGAGCUGUCUUGAAUGGAAUUGAAGAAGUGAUGACGAAGACCGGUCUUGCUGCAGCUCAAGAUCUGUGUGAACACUUACUGCAGCAGGCUUCGCGGCCGUACUUUGACAUGGUGUCCCUGUGGGUCUAUGAGGGGCAGCUACAAGAUCCGUAUGGUGAGUUCUUCGUGUCUGAAAGCUCUCGAAUCCGUGAUGAGCGAACUGGCGGUCCAGCAGCGGAUUUCUGGCAGAAGCACUUCACCUUGGAUGAGAGGGCUGUUCCGCAGUUCUUGGCAUCUGGCCGGGAACGUAUUCUUCAUGCAGGAAAGUACCUUCACAUCUAUUUUUCGGCAGCUGGCAGACAACUGGCAGAGCCAGCAGGAGGACGGGCACCCUUCCGCUACUCCCGGAGCCGGCGAGAUUAUGCCGAGGCCAUAGAUGUGGCAUACCGGCGUGCAGCUGCAGCUUUACUUGAUCUGUUCAUGAAGCCGCAGCCGGAAGGCCUGGACCUUCUGGGUCGGCUGAAGUCCCUGCGCCACUUCUUCUUCCUCAGCAAGGCGGACUGGUUCGGACACUUCUUGGAUACCGCUGGAGAGCUGGAACGGCCUGCAGAAGAGAUACCAUUGGCCCGGUUGGAUGGCCUUCUUGAUUUGGCUGUGCGUGCGUCCUCUUUGGCUACCGACCCAUAUCGUGAAGACAUCUCCUGCGGCCUCCAUUCCUUUCGCGUGGAGGACGCAUGCCACAGAAUGGUAAAAGGAUCCGCUGAAGAUCCGGACAAGGAUGAAGCUUCCAUCUCGGGGGUUGCUGCCUCUGCACCUUCGGCAAGUGUCGGGAAUGAUGGCUCUGGCGUGAAAUGCUUGACGCUGAAGUACCGUACUGCUUGGCCUCUUUCAAUUCUGUUCUCUCGCACCAUCUUGUUGAAGUACCAGGUCAUCUUCCGACACCUACUCUACUGCCGCUACGUUGAACGGAAGCUUGUGGAAGUCUGGGUGGACCAUCAAUGCACCAAAGAGCUGGGCUUGGACUCUAGUUUCAGCCCGUACUAUUCUCUUCGGCAGCGGAUGCUGCACUUCUGCCGUGACUAUAUAUACUAUGCCACAGUGGAAGUGUUGGAGCCGAAAUCGCAUGAGUUCCUGGCAACACUGCGCCAAGCGGAGACAAUCGAUGACGUGCUACAUUGUCAUGAAAGUUUUCUGGAAGCCUGCCUGCGCGAAGUUGUUCUUACGGAGAGAGACCUCUACAGGCAUCUCUCGAAAGUGCUACAAACAUGCUUGACCUUCGCUCACAAUCUGCGGAGGUUCUCGCACAGCAUUGGGGUGGAGCCGUUGGAAGAGCCAAUGGAUGGGAAGACUCCUGCAGAGAGAAGGCUGGCAAAGGCGCGACACAGCACGCAGCGUUAUCUAUCCCUUCUAUCACAGAGGCACUAUUCGAAGAUGAUGGCUAAAUGGAAGACCAUUUUCGAAAGCCAGCUGCAAGCAUUUCUGCGUCAGAUCCAGCAAGAGUCCAAAGCUCGGUAUGAGCACUUCCUGAGCAACUUGGCGACACGCCUUGACUACAACGACUACUACUCCUCGGUGCUGACAGGCCAGCCUGACAUGCCACCUCCGUGA